AUGGGUCCUGGCUCGGGGCAAGUGUCUCUGUCGCCGGUCCUCGCGCCGCGGGUGCGUCUCCGGUCGACGCAGGGCGACGCCUGUGAGUGCGAGGCCGUGUCUCUCGGCGCGUUGUCUCCUUCUUCGCACCGGCAGCUGCUCUCCGCGUUCGCCGUCGUCUUUCCGGCAGAGUGUACGCCCCGCAACAGCGCAGCCGCGAAUGCAGCGACGAAGCGCGGGACCUCGCCUCUCGCCAGGCUUUCUUGCUCGAGUCCUGGCUUCCUCAGUGUCUCUACGCCCUCGGCUCUUCGGCCCGCUCCCCUCUGCCGGCCUGCUCGACUCGCGUCUCCACGCCUCACACCUCCGCGGUCACCUGUCUCCGCGCCGGAAGCUGCGCCGGAAGCCGCGGCGCGCGCGGCGGCCGUCGCGGCGGCGCUCGGGGGGCCCCCGCGUGUCUCUGGUACGGAGACGCCUCGCGGUCACAAGAGCAGUUCAUGUCUCUCGCCUCUUCUCGCCUCUCCCGGAGCUCCCAAGACGAGACGGCGGAGACUCGUCCUUGCGGAGACGCAGACGCGCGCGAGCUUCUCUCCGGUCCGCGACGACGCCUCGGGGGCCAGCACUCCCCUGCACUCGCCGUCGCCUCCGCCCGCAGCCGGUUCGUCCACUGGCCUUCACCCAGACUUCUUUCUCCACCUCCACCAGUGGCGCUCUCUCCCCGGGCCAGUCUCGCCGGUUCCGAAGAGGCCGGCCGAGGAGAGGAGGACGGUGGCGGCGACGAACAGCGGGAGCGCCAGAGACCCUGAAGGCGUUUGGAGGCGUUGGGGACGCAUGGAGGCAGGACGCCUGCAGAGCGAAACAGACGCGAUACCUGGCGAAGACCGCCUUGGUGCCGCGAGCCGGGGACGGAGGGGGAAAGCGGCCGUGGAACCUCGCGAGCAGUCGUGUCUAGGCCGCAGACGAAUCCGAGACGAUGCCGUCGAGGCGGCGGAGAACCCAGUGGAGAUGCCGGAGAUACCGAGGAAACAGUUGAGGACAGCACGAGGACGAGAAGACGCACACCCGCUGAAGGCGACAGCGGCGCAGAUGCCAAGCUUGGAGGCUGAAAGGCUCGAAACCGAGCAAGGCGACAAGGGAACGAAAGUCACGUUGCUGCUCUCGGUACCGCUUUGGUAUUCCCUUGCAAACGCCGUCUGCAGCUACGGAUUCUUCUGCAUGUGCCCGAAUCGAUGGACGCCUGAGACGCCGCCGCUCUGCGCCGCCAGUUCGCCGUCCGCCUCUCCGGCGACGGCUCCUUCGUCCCUCGAACUGACAGCUGCCCGAGUCGAGACGGACUCGACGGACCGCUCGCGAACAGCCUUCGACUCCUCUGCUGUCUCCGACGGGCGCCGGAGCGCGCGCGCCUCGGAAGCGACUCCAGCUGGCGGGCCGCGGAGUGGAGCCCAACGCGGUCGGAGGGGACAGGAGACAGUUCCCGCGUCGGCGAGUCCAGGAGGCGCCGCGACGGCUCCGGAGGAGGUGCGCCUCGCGGGCAGCUUUUCGCGGCCUCUCCGCUUCGGCCCACUCAUGGAGAAGAGCUGUGAGGUGUCUCUGCGCAUGCAAGAGGCGGGAAAGCUUCGCCUGGAGAUCGCGGCGGGAGCGUUGCUGCAGCCGGAGGACGAGGCGGAGAUUCUGCACCAGGUGAGGCGCAUGUGUCGCCUGCAAGUCGAGGACUGGGCUCACGUCCAGGCCUUUUGGAAGAUGCAUGAGAGAGCGGCUUCUCGCGGCUUUGGGUUGCUCUUUCGAAGCCCCACACUCUGGGAGGACAUCGUGAAAACGGUGACGAUUUGCAACGUUCGAUGGAGACAGAGUUGCGUGAUGAACGACCUGUUUUGCCGGCGAAUCAGCUCGAUUCCAGGAAGCUUCCCCUCGCCCCUGGACUUCCUUCGCUUUAAGGCUGAAGAUCUCUCCCGCGUCGCUGGCGUCGGCUACAGAGCCGAUCGGCUUCUGCGGCUGGCGCACAGAGUCGUCGACGGCAGUCUCGACCUCGCCGCGCUCGACCAAGGCCCGCCAGCCCCUGUCUCCGGAGACGCCUGUCUCCGACCGUCUCCUUCCGCGGUGACUUCCACUUCCUCGUCGACGACUUCUUCGUUUACGCCCUCUGCUCCGGAUGGGGAUCCCCGUCACGUAUCCCCGCCGUCUCAGGGCGCCGCCGCGGUCGGCGGUCGACGACGGAGGCCAGGUUCCACACGAGAGGAGCCGCCGGAGACAGUUGCCAAGGAGACACUUGCGCCGGCUGCCGCUUGUGAGGAUCCGGAGGAGCGUCGGCGCCUGCGCAAGGAGUGGACUUUGAAAGCGCUCUUGGGGAUUCACGGCGUCGGGUCCUUCGCUGCAGAGAACAUUCUCCAGCUGCUGGGUUUUACGGAAGUCGACGCUUUUGACUCGGAAACUGUGCGCCACAUGGGCGAAGUUCACGGUGUGAAGAGCGCGAAAGUGAAGGAUGUUUUGGAUCAUGCUCGAGCGCGCUUCGCCGCCUACAGGCCCUACCAGUUCCUAGCGUACUGGCACGAGCUGUGGGAGUGUUACGAGGCGAAAACGGGAGGUCGCUCUGACGUCUGGACGGCGCAAACCUCGGCCUUUCUCUUGCAAGAUGAGAGACACUUGAAGCCGCCGGCUGUCACAGCAGACGCCGCGCUUCCAGCGUACUUCUUUGCGCCAGAAAACACCCCAGAAAACCUGCUAAAACAAAUCCGAAACGGAGGUCUCCCCUUUAUGGCGGAACCUCCGUCGAAGCGGCUGUCGCCAGCUGUUUUGUCGGGAGUUCAGACCCCCGUGGCGCAGCAGCAGACGAGACGCCCGCGCCGCGGAGGAAAGGCCGAGGAGUCGAGGGAAGCAGGAAAAGACUCUGAAGUCGAGCGGAGCUCUCCGAGCCGCGCCACUCGAGCAAGACGAAGCCGGGAGGGAACGAAACAGACAGAGGGCGUGAGAAAGCGGCGUGGAGUCAAGGCCGAGAACGGGAUGGAAACGAGAUCGAAAAGUUUGAGGGGCAGAGCGAAGCGACUUUCUCAAACCUGCCCGUAG